CGGCGGCGGUGGCGGCUUCCGGAGUCCCGCCGCGAAGAUGCUGAAAGUCACGGUGCCCUCGUGCUCGUCCUCGACCGCCAGUGUGGACCGGGGGGCCGGGAACCUCGUCCCGGAUUACUGGAUCGACGGCUCCAAAAGGGAUGCUCUGAGCGAUUUCUUCGAGGUGGAGUCGGAGCUGGGACGGGGUGCUACAUCCAUUGUGUACAGAUGCAAACAGAAGGGGACUCAGAAGCCUUAUGCUCUCAAGGUGUUAAAGAAAACAGUGGACAAAAAAAUCGUAAGAACUGAGAUAGGAGUUCUUCUUCGCCUCUCACAUCCAAACAUUAUAAAACUUAAAGAGAUAUUUGAAACCCCGACAGAAAUCAGUCUGGUCCUAGAACUUGUCACAGGAGGAGAGCUGUUUGACAGGAUUGUGGAAAAGGGAUAUUACAGUGAACGAGAUGCUGCAGAUGCUGUUAAACAAAUCCUGGAGGCUGUUGCUUACCUCCAUGAAAAUGGGAUUGUUCAUCGUGAUCUCAAGCCAGAGAAUCUUCUCUAUGCAACUCCAGCCCCAGAUGCACCCCUCAAAAUUGCUGAUUUUGGACUCUCCAAAAUUGUGGACCAUCAAGUGCUCAUGAAGACGGUGUGUGGAACCCCAGGGUAUUGUGCACCUGAAAUUCUUAGAGGCUGCGCCUACGGACCUGAGGUGGACAUGUGGUCUGUAGGGAUAAUCACCUACAUCCUACUUUGUGGAUUUGAGCCAUUCUAUGAUGAAAGAGGCGAUCAAUUCAUGUUCAGGAGAAUUCUGAAUUGUGAAUAUUACUUUAUCUCCCCCUGGUGGGAUGAAGUAUCUCUAAAUGCCAAGGACUUGGUCAGGAAAUUAAUUGUUUUGGAUCCUAAGAAACGACUGACUACCUUCCAAGCUCUCCAGCACCCAUGGGUCACAGGUAAAGCAGCCAAUUUUGUACACAUGGAUACUGCUCAAAAGAAGCUCCAAGAAUUCAAUGCCCGGCGCAAGCUUAAGGCAGCAGUGAAGGCCGUGGUGGCCUCCUCCCGGCUGGGCAGUGCCAGCAGCAGCCAUGGCAGCCUUCAGGAGAACCAGAAGGCCAGCCGAGAGCCAUCUCCAAUACAGGAUGGCAGUGAAGCUGUUGAAGCUGUUCCAGAAGAGAAAGUUAAAAAAGAUGGGGCCCAAUUGGCAGCCGAGAUGGCAGAGGCUGAGCUGUUGAAGAUAUGGGCUCCAGAAGAAGAUCAAGAUGCCGAUACAAAUGAUGUUGAGGCCAACAUGAUGGUGCCCGACUCACCAGAGGAUGGGAUAGAGGUGGCUGACCCAGAAGUGGAGGAGAGCCCGGCCGAGGAGCCGCUGAACACUGAGGAGGAGGAAGGAGAGUCUGAAGAAGGGCAAGAAGAGCCUGCUCUGGGAUUUGGAGCUGAGCAGAACGAUGUGGUCCUGCCAGAGCACUAAGCUGGCUUCUUUCCAACCUGGAAGCCAACUCCUGGUACUUCAUGCGUUUCGUUCUUCAGCAAGGAAGGUGUGGGAGCAUGAUGUGCGCUCUAGUGAUGCUGUUUUUGAGGUGCAAAAAAAUACAUAUAUAUCAGUUGGUAAU